ACCAGUGCUUCCCAGCAGGCACAUUUCAGUUAUAACAUCACAGUGAAUAAUCAGAAGCCAAUUUGGGAAGUCAAAAUGGAUAAGAUCUUGUUGUGGAGUCUCCUGUUGCUUUUUCCUGGAAGUCAAGCCUCAAGACCGUUGGCCCAAAGAAAUUUCGAAUUUGCAGUCGAUCUUUAUCAAGCUAUUUGUUUAUCUCAUAAGAACAAUAUUAUAUUUUCCCCUCUUGGAACAACGUUAGUUCUUGGGAUGGUACAACUGGGAGCAAAAGGAAACACACAGGAGCAGAUAAGACGAACGUUAAAACUUCAGAAAAACUCAACUGGAGAAGAAUUUUCUGUGCUGAAGUCAUUUUUCUCUGCCAUCUCAGAGAAAAAGCAAGAAUUUACAUUUAAUCUUGCCAGUGCCCUCUACCUUCAAGAAGGAUUCACUGUGAAAGAACAGUAUCUCCAUAGCAACAAGGAAUUUUUUCAGAGUGCCAUAAAACUGGUGGAUUUUCAAGAUGCAAAGGCUUCUGCAGAGACAAUAAGUACCUGGGUAGAAAGCAAAACAGAUGGGAAAAUUAAAGACAUGUUUUCAGGAGAAGAAUUUGGCCCUCUGACUCGGCUUGUCCUGGUGAAUGCUAUUUAUUUCAAGGGCGAUUGGAAGCAGAAAUUCACAAAAGAGAACACACGGCUGAUGAAUUUUACUAAGAAAGAUGGUGCAGUGGUCAAAAUUCCAAUGAUGAAGGCUCUUCUGAGAACAAAAUAUGGCCAUUUUUCUGAAUCCUCCAUGAACUACCAGGUUUUAGAAUUACCUUAUAAAGGUGAUGAGUUUAGUUUAAUCAUCAUACUCCCUGCAGAAGAUGUGAACAUAGAAGAAAUGGAAAGGCGAAUUACUGCUCAUCGAAUCCUGAAAUGGGUCUCUGAGAUACAAGAAGAGGAAGUGGAAAUCAGCCUCCCUAGAUUUAAAGUCGAACAAAAAUUAGACUUCAAAGACGCUUUGUAUUCUUUGAAUAUAACUGAGAUAUUUAGUGGUGGCUGUGACCUUUCUGGAAUAACAGAUUCAGCUGAGGUGUUUGUUUCCCAAGUCAUGCAACACGUCUUUUUUGAGAUAAAUGAAGAUGGGAGUGAAGCUGCGGCAUCAACUGGCAUGGACAUCCCUGUGAUCAUGAGUCUGGCUCAAAACCAGUUUAUAGCAAAUCAUCCAUUUCUGUUUAUUGUGAAGAAUAUCCCAACAGACUCAAUUUUGUUUAUGGGAAAGGUGACUAAUCCUGACACCGAAAAGAUGAAGGGAAGAGAUUUGGAUUCACUGUAAAUGAAAAGCAUAGCCUCAGAAUAUAAGAUGAUUCCUGAAAAGUAGUUGAUCAGCAAAAUAUCAUCACCUUGCAAGUACUUCCUACACAUCCUUUUCUGUUUUACCUAUAUCUUUAUUAAUCUGUACUAAUAUAUACAUGUCUUAAUGAAUAAGGGAAUUAUUAAUAAAUGAAAUUGUUCAUUUAG